AAAAAACAUAUAAAAAGCGUAUAUCUGAAUGUUACAGGUAUUGAAACUUUUAUUCAUCAUUACAGGUGAAUGUCCAUGAAGAUGCUGCUCUUGUAUGUGGUUCUGGUGAUGAUGUUGCCGACGUCUGCGACAGCAGAAGGUUGUAAAGAAGUGGGGCCGGCGUUUUCGUGGUCUAACUGGUAUAGGACGGCAACUACCCAGUGUUCACUGCUCUGUGGCGGAGAGGGAUACGAAGAACAGCUAAGAGUGCGCUCUAGAUGUGCGGGUGGUGUCGGCAACCCGCGUUACGAUAUUCAAUACAGAAAUGGCACGUGCGUCACAUCACCAUGUGGAGAUUUGUGUCCGCCUGGCGUGUAUAGGUUUCUUCCACACAGCUGGAACCAAGGUCUCUUCUACCAGUGUGCGAAUGAGAAGGCGUACCUCCAUCGCUGUCCGCCUAACACUGUCUGGGGACAGAACCUACGCAGAUGCGCAUGGCCUUGGGAAGUCUAGAAUUAACUCAGUGAUCACAGUGGCUGAAAUAUUAUUUCAUUAAAACUUUAAAUUUAAUCAUUACAAAUAAUCUUAAAUUUGUUGUAUAAUUCUGAAUACAAUAAUGUUUGCAGUAAA